AUGAGCGAUUCUGAAGAAGACUACAUGUCCGAAAAGUACCUGAUUCAGGCUGAACAGCAUGAAAAGAAGCAGCCACAAACAUACAGCGAGCGAAGAAAGCAGGCGACUCGUGAGCAUGAGCGCAAGGCGUACAUUGCACCACGUGCACAAAUGGAGAAGAAGGCGCGUGAAGAAGGAUUGAACCAGUCUGUUAGCGAAGACAACAAGGGCAUGCAAAUGUUGAUGAAGAUGGGAUUCAAGAAGGGUAUGGCUUUGGGCAAGUCGGGUGAUGGUAUGAAGGCACCCAUUGCUGUCGAACUGAAGCAAGGUCGUGGUGGCAUUGGAACCAAGCGUGCUCUUGAAGAAGAGGCAAAGGAACAAGAAGCAAAGAGACCCAAUAUUGAUCCUGAAGAGUAUCGUGAGUUGAUGGCACAACGCGUCAAGGAGGCCCAACGUAUGCGUCGAUCAAGAGCUGCUGCGUCGUUGAUCGAAAAACUUGAUAAGGAUAAGGGCAUCGAGAUGAAUAUAUUAUGGAUCUUCAAUAUACCCGAGAAAACUGAGGAUGAGCAAGGGAAUCAAGAACAAGAAAAGGAUAAUGGCGAGGUAUCGGGCGAGGAUGAAAAGGCUGAGGAGGACCCAUUACCGUAUCCUGAAGAAGAGGUGGAAGCGCUCAAAGCAUUGCCGCUUGAAGAACGAUUAGAGCGACUCGUGUCGUAUUUAAGGAAUGAGCACACGUAUUGCUUUUGGUGCGCUGUCAAGUACAAUGAUCAACGAGAUCUUGACGAGAAUUGUCCUGGGCCUGAAGAAGACGAUCACUAG